UCACUGUUCACUGUUGUCAUUGUCUGCGUGUAUGUGGUUUCCGUUCUGGACCGGGAAAAGGAAUUAGUGGGAAAACUGCCGACAUUCACGUCAAGUCUGCAGUUUAGUUACCAGCGUUGGACCAGCUCUGACGGACGUACCGUGGCUGUUCCGCGUUAGGGAAGCGGGGUGACGCGUACACAGGAGCGCCCUGUACUAAACACCUACAGUUAUUCCCAAAUAACAUUCUCUAAGGUUCAUUGUUCUAGUGAACUCCUUUCUCAUUAGGAGACUUCCCUUUGCAUCCAGAGUAAAAUGGAGGCGGGCCAGUUUGUUCAUGUUGGGGGUGAUCAGACAGACAACUGCUUAAACUGAAGGAAUUAGGACUGUUUCUACCUGUAACUGGAGGGGGCAUUACAUGGGCAGGCAGUCUUGUUUUUCACGUUAUCUUUUAUCAGGAACUUGACACCAGAUAGAAGUUUGAGAACCUUCUGAGGAAGGAUAUGUGCUGCUUAUUCUAAACACAUUCGAAGCUGACUCAGUACCUAUGAACUUCUAAACGGAGGCUCCUAGGAGCGUAGCAGAUGAGGAAGACAAGUACCCCAAGCUUCCAGGACAGUGGGAAGAGAAGUCUUGCCCGUGGAACUUGGAGCUUUGUUUGCACUGGCACACUUAGGUCACAGCUCACAGGUGGAGUGCGGGCUUCAGCGCGCCUCAGGGCCCGGACCUGUUCCGCCAGCUCGGCCACUGCUCAGGAAGUCAGCAUCGCCACGUCCGCCCGGACGGUAUGUCAGACUUCCUCGGCACACAAAGCCACCGAGAGGCGAAUUUCCAAGAAGUUCAAGUAUGACAAAGGUCACCUAGUGAAAUCAGAAUUACAGAAACUAGUCCCUAAGACCGACAGCGCUGCUUUGUCCGAAGCACCACCAGAGACCGCUUGUAAAAAUGAGCCCCUGGAGUUUUCCGAAGGCGGCCCGGUGCUCCCAGGAAAGGAAGCCGGUGUUUCUGCACCCCCGGAGGCGGCAGGCCUCCCCAUCAGUCACUGCACAGGUGGGAGUGACGCCUGCUCAACAGAGACGGAAGACGGCCUGUCCCUGCCCGAGCAGGGUGCCCUUCCCGAAAAAGGGUCUAACAGCAGCCCUGCCCCGUGGGAGGAGCCCACGCCCGAGCCGGGCCAGGGCCAGGUCGCCCCGCUCCAGAUGGACAGCAGCGUCUUCCUGGACGACGACAGCAGUCAGCCGAUGCCAGUGAGUCGGUUCUUCGGGAACGUGGAGCUCAUGCAGGACCUCCCACCAGCGUCUUCAUCUUGCCCUUCAGUGAGCAGACGAGAAUUCCGGAAAAUGCAUUUCAGAGCCAAAGAUGACGAGGAGGAUGAGGAGGAUGCAGAGAUGUAGGGAAUAAAAUACUUGUGACAGUUUCUUUGCCUAUUUAGUGCAGUUAAUCAUUUGACAGUUUAGCAAAUUACAGAAUUUAUGUAAAAUUUAUCCCCAAGAGGACGUGUCCUUAAUCGAACUUCAGAACUGACCCCUAAAAGUCAACAGUGCAGACGCCAAACACUGGGGAGAUGGACGCCUCUGAGCUGAAAUCGCCGUGGAGGGUGGAAUGUUGCUGCUUUCUUUCCAGGUCACGGCUGCGCCUGCACAUGGGCAAUGAUGUUUGCGUCGGCUCGGGGGCCUGGGUUAAAUGAGAGACGCUUGUAAGAACUGCGGUGGACCUCUGUAGUGUUGAUAAUGUGCACGUUUGUUCCCUUAUGGAAACUUGAUCGGCCUUGCGAUGGACUCAAUGGCAGUUCUUAAAGAACUCUGUUUCUGUAUAUGAAGCUAAUGUGUACCUGGGAAUUUUGCAAAAUGUACAUGAGAAGAAAUAAAAUAUAUUUUGAAAGUA